CAUCAGGUUUUUUAUUCGCGCAUCAGCAACGAGACUGAGCUGCUGCCGUGUCCCCGCAUCAGAGAACCUUAUCCCCUCAUGCCGAGCGGACUCCGAACUGCGGGCCGUGACCUUGCAUGCAAUGCCGUCGGUACCAAUUUCUGUAGCGCUCAAAAAGUACGUUACUCACUGUACAGCCACGGCGUGGGUCUGUAAGCAUCACACGACAGGACGGAAGUCGGUGCAGAUCUUGCUGUUGCUCUCGCCUUGACGAGAUAGGGAGUGCUGUCAGCUUGUUCCCCAGAAGCUGAGGCACGACUACAACGACCUUGCUUCUGUCUUUCACAGCAAGCACACUUCACCACGAAGGAGCACUAGACCCACAAUGCGCGCUCAACUCGCCUUUUCGAUAUCUCUCGUCGUGCUCUUCGCUUCGGUGGCUGCGCAGGGUGGGAGGGAGAGCGAUGUCGUUGUGGUGGGCCCUCUGGGCUCGACAGCCGGAGGCACAAUGAUCACCAUUGGGCCUUCCAUAGGACCGACAGAUGGCAGUACUUACACCUACACCAGCCCAACGAGACCGGCCAUCUUCUCAGACAGUGUCGCCACAAGCAGUUCGCCAGCGUCAACUUCCACUUCGACUGCGAUCUCAACCAAUCCCAAUUCUACCUCCAGUGCUUCCAGCACAACUUCCUCCAUCCCGAGCUCCAUCACCUCGCUGACUCCGACUUCUAGCAGCAUAGCUAGUGUUCCAUCCGCCUCUGCCUCCCGCACCCCUGACGCUGCUCACAAGGGCUUGCCACUCAGCUCCGGCUUAUCGGCUCCCAUGGCCGUCGCUCUUCUCUUCGGAUCUCUCGUCGCGCUCUGAAUACACGUCCACCUCGAGGAGUCCCGAACACGAUUCUGCAAUCAUGAAAUGAGUGCACGUAAACAACGCCAAGACGGUGUGCACUGCUCGCGCCCAGCGACGACUUGCUCUCCCUUCCUCGUGAUCGCACACGCCACUCAUGACUCACGUUCGAAGGACUAUCGGCUGAUAAGAGGUGCAUCGCAUCGACGUAUGAGGCGAUACGAUCACGAGCCAAUCACGAUGGAG